AAUUCUGCAAAUGGGCUGGCCCAGCCGGGACAGGCUGCACAUGCCAGGAUGCAGUGGAUACCAAAAACGACACCGAGCCUGCUCAGGUGUCUCACCAAGAUAUUCCUGGGGGCGCUUUCGCUUCUGAUCUUGCAGAUGUUUACUAUAGCCAGCGGUUGGAGUCUCCUAACCCUGACCACAACCACGCUAUCAUCACAUCGCACGCCAGGACCCAGUCCCUUGCUCGCACCAACUCCAACUCCAGCCCCAGAUACGACCAUUCAUCAAAAUCGAACGAAUCUCUAGACGUCGACGUAUGGAUACCGACUGACCUGGUGCGCAGAUAUGUUCUCCCAAAUCACCAACUUUUCACCGUAGCCGAGCGGUCACCUUCCAACGUUGCUCAACUCCUUGCGCUCUUCUCACACGACAAUGUUCCGCCUAUCUUACGACGAAGAGCAG